ACAUUGAAUCCUCUCGAAACUGUCGUUAUAUAUCACACAAAUGUACGGCUAAUAUACAACUAUCGGAAAUGUAUUCGAGGAAGUGUGGACGGCUGUUCUAUGGGUUUUGCACGGAGAUCAAGACGCUUCGUGCAAUAAAUGCCAAAGGAGCGACAGCCCCAGAGAUUGCAAGGCGUGUGUUAUCCAGUUGGACUGUAUGUAAACACCAGAGGCACCAGCUUCUACAACGUCAACCCCCCGACAACAGGCUUCACGCUGGCAGUGUCCGCCAGGCUUCCCACACCACGUUAGACCCGGAGGAGGCUAGGAAGUUUCAGUCCCUGGCCGACAAGUGGUGGGAUCUGCAAGGGGCGUUUGCGGCGCUGCACUCCAUGAACGACCUCCGAGUGCCUUUUAUCAGGGAUAAUCUGUUGAGUGUCCAUGGCAGCGGUGUGCCCGGAAGGCCUCUGGCCGGACUCAGGAUUCUGGAUGUGGGAUGUGGAGGAGGCCUGCUCACUGAGCCGCUGGGCAGAUUGGGAGCAGAGGUGCUGGGCAUCGACCCAGUGGAGGACAGCAUUCGCACCGCCGAGCUCCACACCUCGCACGACCCCGAGCUGCGGGGCCGCGUGCACUACCGGGCCUGUACCCUGGAGGAGCUGGCUCAGUCGGAGGGGGAGGACGGCGACGGAGGUGGUGGCAGCGUGACGGAGGGGUUCGACGCGGUGGUGGCCUCUGAGGUGGUGGAGCAUCUCGCCGACCUGGACAUCUUCGCUGCCUGCUGCCACCAAGUGCUAAAGCCAGGGGGCUCCCUUUUCAUAACCACCAUCAACAAGACCAACCUGUCCUAUGCGCUGGGCAUAGUCGCAGCUGAGCAGCUGCUCCGCAUUGUGCCCAGUGGCACACACGACUGGGAGAAGUUCAUCAGCCCUGUGGACCUGGAGCGCCUCCUGGAGUCCAGUGGGUUCCAGGUGGAGUCCAUCCGGGGCAUGAUGUUCAACCCCCUGAGCGGCUUCUGGAGCUGGACCCAGAGCACCCCCAUGAACUACGCCCUGCACGCCACCAAGCGCAGCGAGGAGCCGGGCCGCAACCGGGCCGAGAGCCAGGAGAUGGAGCAGGAGACGCUGACACGAGCAGCCGCUGUCUGAGGAGGAGGAAAGAAGGGAGUGAAGGCUGGUGUGUGUGUGUGCCUGUCCCUGUGAGUGUGAGUGUGUGUGUGUGUGUGUGUGUGUGUGUGUGUGUGUGUGUGUGUGUGUGUGCGCCUGUGUGUGUGCGCCUGUGUGUGUGCCUGUCCCUGUGAGUGUGAGUGUGUGUGUGUGUGUGUGACUCAGUCUGUGGGUUGCUGCUUGGGUGCGUGUGUGUUCGCUUGGAGAUUUCAGUGACAAAUGCUUCUGGCACAUAUAAUAUAUCUACACAAAUCCUCAUAUCUGUUUCAACGAGACGUGUGUGUGUGUGUGUGUGUGUGUGUGUGUGUGUGUGUGUGUGUGUGUGUGUGUGUGUGUGUGUGUGUGUGUGUGUGUGUGUGUGUGUGUGUGUGUGUGUGUGUGUGUGUGUGUGUGUCCACCAUGACUCAGAGACUCGUAGUAGUUCCAAAGCUUGACGUGACUGUGUACAUGGCAUAGAAAGCAAAAAUGUCACCACGGAAAAAUAUAUCUUGUCCAAAAAUAAACUAUUAUUGUUUGCCA